UUUCAAUUCUAUGUUUCUUAUCCAUUCAAAAGCUCCGACACUGAAAGGGUAUUUGUGGUUAUUCACAAACUCACUGUUGCGAAUUAUUUUGAUUUUUAAGUAAAAUAUCAUCCUGCAUAGCGUAGGAUACGCAGAGUGACGUAAUUUCUGAUUAACAUUUAAAUUACGAAUCAUUUUCAUUCCUUGGUAGUGAUCUGACAAAAUGUCUCACACUAUAUUGCUUGUGCAGCCAGGCGCCAGGCCUGAAACAAGGACUUACUCAGACUAUGAAAGUGUCAACGAGUGUAUGGAAGGGGUAUGCAAAAUUUAUGAAGAACAUCUAAAAAGACGAAACCCAAACACUCCUACUAUCACGUAUGACAUAAGUCAGUUGUUUGAUUUUGUUGAUCAGCUGACAGAUCUGUCCUGUUUGGUUUACCAGAAGUCAACGAAUACCUAUGCACCCUAUAACAAGGAUUGGAUCAAAGAGAAAAUAUAUGUCUUGUUACGCCGUGCUGCUGGUCACAGUGAAUAACUUCCGCCACCCAGUCCACAUUAAAAAAAAAAUCCCAUCUUCACAUGUAAGAUAAGUUAACGUUAAGUACAUUACUAUAAUAUUGUCUAUAUUAUUAAUAAAUGUAAAAUAUAAGAAAA